AUAGAAAGCCAGGCUUGUGUAUGCCAAGUUCGAGACGAGCGCGUUCUUGUCGUGUCAGUGCGCAGUGCUCGUGUGAUGGUUUCCGUCGUGCAGCCAGCAGCGCAUUUCCCCGCGUGCAGGCUGAGUCUGUGUACAGCAACUCGACCUAGCGCUUUCCGCUUUCACCUAGGUGUUUCUCGGGCUGACCAAAGCUCUACUCAGCUACAGGCUCUUCUGUCUCUGCGAGAUACAAAUGGGACCCACGAGCCCUUGUCUGUAUUGUGACUGUUGAGAACGCUGCCUGUUGAGAACGCUGCAUGCGCAAGUCAAUUGCAAACCCCUUGUGUCUGCCUACCCAAGAACAUUCGCUGGAGCUAUAGAUGGAUGCCUUGUAUCACUGGGCCACCUCGAACGGAGCUUCUCUCCAUAAGAACGCUACACUGUGCGCAAAUCGCUGCAUAAAAGCGCACGGGCCCAUCGCGGAAGGGGAAUCGCUCUUGAGCCUCCCGUACGGACUCAUAAUCACUUCUCAAUUGGCUUUCGAAACACUGAAGCUGCCUGAUUCUAUCUGCUCGCAUGAUGCUCUCAUCUUGUAUCUGUUGGAUGAUGUACGGAACGUUGCGCAUCAAGCUUACAUUGCUUCACUGCCGACAAGUUUCCCGGGCAUUCCGUUUCACUGGACGGACUCGCAGUGGCAGCUGCUACAGGGUACUAACCUCCAUGGUGCGGGCAUAGCUCGACUGGAAAAUCUUAAAAAACAACAUGGUAGUCUUUGUAAGAAGAUGUCCCUGAACAUUCCUUGGGAUCGCUACGCUUGGGCUCACUCUGUACUGACCUCACGAGCAUUCAGCCUUUCAUUGCUACACUUGGAGGGCACUGACCUCGACAAACCAGAAGAAAUUUUACUGCCAUUUCUUGACAUGCUUGAUCACGCCCCAGAUCUUCCCAUCGCUUGGAUUGGCGACCCUGCAGCGCGGCACGUCACGUUUAAGACUGGCAGGGCGAUUGAUGCAGGUGCCACGUUGUUCAACAACUACGGGCCCAAGCCCAAUGAAGAGCUUCUACUUGGCUAUGGCUUCACAAUCAAGGACAACCCUUACGACACCGUUGCACUCAAGAUGGCGAAAGCCCUCAAUCCAACAAGUGCUCAAGUCGAAAGGGCAGGGGUGAACACCGAGGUCUUCUUCUUAAAAGCGCACACCGACGAUGCAAAUGCCGUGUUCGGCGUAAUUCCCUGGGAGCUCGUGGCUACUAUACGUGGACAUUUCAUGGACGAAGAACAAGCAGCACAUCAGGCCAACAUGGGAAAGACUGAGCUCGAACAGCUUCAUACAUCCCACUCGCCUGGCUUGCAGGCUGAUUUGGAGGUCUUUGACAUGCUCGCUCAAAUGCUGGAGUCAAAACUCUCUGCCAUUGACGGCAACGGAGUUGCCGGAGACUUGGGCCCAGGUGAGGAAGAACUGCUGAGGAAUUUAAAGCACUACAGGGAUGGGCAACUGAGUCUCCUCAAGCGAGCACACGCCACCGCAAAGUCCUUGCUUGAUGUGCUCGAGAGUCGUUAUAACCUCGCAGAUGAUCAAGACUCGGAGCUCCCUUGGCAGGAGUCGCUUGUAUGACGAUUGCUCCAGUGUUUCUUUUCGGCACUGUUGAAGCCUUCUCUGUCGAUAAAGCACGGAGACCAGUGGAAAAUAUGGUUGCGAUCUGUCGUUCUAUUUUCAUGAGCGCUGCCGAUGACAUUGGGUUGCGCAGGUCCCAUCGAAGAAAUGCUGCUGCGGAAUUCGAAGCACUACAAAGACUGAUCAUUGCAUCUGCUCAAACGCCUGCAUGCCACUGCACAGAGCUCGUUGCAAUUGGUUCUCUUGAGA